UUUUUUUUUUUUACUUUUCCCCUUCUUCCAAAGAUGGCAGGGAAGAGAUCUUUGAAAAAGUCUACUCCUCAAAACAAUACUACCAUUGAUCAAUUCUUCUCGGUCCAAAAAAAACUACCAAACAAUGAAAACAAUUCAAAGGAAAACAUUGUUUUUUUAGAUAAACAAGAAAAUACUUUACCUAUCAAAAAGGAAAUAACACGCGCACGACAACCUUUGGCUGAUCUUGGUGAUACCCGUCAUUCUUUGACUUUAAUGCCUACACAGAAACCUCGAAAACCAAGCUUUAUUGUUCUCCGUGAUACUGACAUUGAUAAUGGUGCCACCAAAGCUGAUCAACAACUCCUCUCUUCCAACCAUAAUAACGACACUUCACCUUUGAUUUCUUCAAUACAAACGGAGUCUUGCACACAAUCAGUCCCUAUUGUUGAUACUUUGGACUCUUCCACUUCAAUCACUUCAUCUCCUGUUGAUAUGUCUUCCCCACAUUCAUUGCACCAUGACGAAAAUGAUGAUACCAACGACUACUUCAACAAUGACCAGGAUUCUAUUAGCAACGAUGGGAUUGAAUUCAAUAUAGAUGGCUUUGAUGAUGGAUUUAGUAGUAGUCAAGAACAUGAUUUUGUCUCUAGUGACAAUGACAACAACGACAGUGACGAUAAUGAUAAUAAUCUAUUUUUUGAUGAACCAUUGGAUGAAGAACCUUUUAUGGUAAAAACAUAUCGACGACGACCAGGCUUUUCAGCACCCAACAACAACAAACGAAAUCGAUCACCAUCCGACAGUAAGGACGUCCAUGACGAUAAUAGCAACAAAGUACGAAAGCUAGAGAACGACACGACAACCGAUGGUGAUGAAGUACGAAAAGUAGAGAAUGUCACAACAACAAUCGAUAGUGAUGAUAACAAAGUACGAAAGGUAGAGAAUGACACAACAACCGACGCUGAUGAUAAUAAAGUACGAAAAGUGGACACAACAACUGAUGAUGCACCUACUGUUGAAUUCUCCAUCUCCAAUUCACUGACGAUUCCUUUGGAUUCAAAAUAUGACAGAGAUGAUGAUACCCAAUCAAAUAGCAACAGGAGUCAAAAUUCCACUACAACUGCCUCAUCCACCUUACCAUCAAGUAAUGAGUCACAAGAAAAACAAUGCGAAUCAUCGAUAUCACCCUCAAGAUCAAGUCAAGAAGCCACUGUGCCCAUGCCUUUAUCUUUGGAUUCCCCUAUUGAUUUACAUGUUGCUUAUCCUGUGCCUCGUGGAACCCAUGUCACUGAAAAGUUUGGUCUGUGAUCAUCUCUUUGUAUAUAUUAUUCAUUGAUUUGUUUAGUUCUUAAAUUAGUAUAUAUUUUUAUUAUUUUUAUUAUUAUUAUUUGUCUUCUUGUUUGAAAUCAAUAAAAACGUUCUGUUGAUGAUAUGUAUUGUGUGACUUGACGAUGUUCUGAUGAUGAUAUAAGGAAGACAAAAGAGUAUAUAA